AUCGAUGAAGAGAAUCUCAUAUUUAUAUAGGUAUAUACCUUCAUCGAGUUUCUUCAUCAUUCGUAAACAAAGUUAAUCAAACGACGAUAAUGAGUAAGCUAUACCCAUAAACAUUGAAAAAAUUUACAAAAUUUUCUUCAGGUUUCAUUGAAAGUGCUAUUGAAAAAAAGACCGGUCUCGAUCUUAAUCAUGAUGGAUUUGUUGGAAGUGAAAAAAAUGCUGAAAAACAAUAUGGUGUAGAUUUUAACGGUGAUGGAUAUAUUGGAGGAGAAGGGAUAGAAAGCAAAAUCGAAAGAGCAACUCAUGUUGAUCUAAACAAUGAUGGUAUUAUUAGUCGUCCAUUAGACACAUAUCCUACUACUUAUUAG